AUGAGCAAGAACUGCUUGCUCAAGAAGAAGUCCAAGUGUGCCAUGUGCUGUGAGGUAGUAUUCCCCAUCGUAAUCAUUGGUGUACUCCUCGGACUACUUAUUAUUAUACAACAGAUCAAAGCCAAUCAUGAUCCAAUGCCAGUGCCACCACUGGGAUUGAUAGUUAAUGCAAAUAAUACAAUUGUUUAUGGACCAUCAGCUGGAAUGAACAAACAACAACAGGAUGUGUUGAAGAUGGUGAUGGCCCAGGUGGCAUUAUUCCAUGAUAAUAAGACAUUGGCCUAUUUCAUACCUUUUGAGACACAGUUGGAGAUGGAUCAAUAUUACGCCAAUCACAGUGAUACCGUCAAGUAUGGAUUAUGGUUCCAAUCGAAUGCCUCUCAGGCAUCACCCUCGACACCAUUCGAAUACGCCAUCCGCCAGGACUCUGCGUCGCUGCCACCCAACAACGCACUGGGCGAGCAGUACUCCACCUCGUUCCAGUACACAUCGAGCGGCUUCACUUCGCUCCAGGUGGCCGUCGACCAGGCCAUCCUCACGCUGCUGGGCGGCUUCAAUCACCAGCUCGUCAUCCAGAACCAGCUGUUCCCCGACCCCAACGUUGAGUCGUGGCAGACCUGGAAGGACGGCCGCGAUAUGAUCUACAAGAACGCCGGAGGCAUCUUCAUCACGGCGGCGCUGUUCAUCUCGGUGUUCCGUCUGAUCACCGAGCUGGUGGUCGAGAAGGAGAUGAAGAUUCGCGAGAGCAUGAAGAUGAUUGGCAUGUCCGACGUGGCCUACUACCUCAGCUGGAACAUCACCACAUGGUACAUCUGUCUGCCGGUGGCCAUCAUCAUGGCACUUAUCCUGCGUCUCAUCUCACUCAUCUAUCACACCAACUUGGGACUGCUGGUCGUGCUGUUCCUAUUCUACAUGCUGACAUUGGUGUUGCUGGGCUGCAUACUCAGCAUAUUCUUUGACAAGUCCAAGUUUGCUGGCAUCAUAUCAUUCAUCAUUGUGAUUGGAUUCUCUGUCGCUGCCAUCUUCAUUGCCCAGGCCAAAAUGAGCAAGCGAAUCAAACUCAUUCUCAGUCUCAUCUCCCCAGUCGCCUUCAACAAUGCCAUCUACACCGCAGCAAUGAGAGACUACAAUGGAAUUGACCCAGACUACUCCUACUACACCACUGAAGCUGAGAUCAUUGGAAUGUUGGCAGUGGACAUGCUGUUUUACUUGUUGGCUUUGUGGUACUUGGAUAAGGUAGUGCCUGGCGAGUUUGGAACCACCCAGCCACUUUACUUCUUCCUGUUGCCAAGCUUCUGGCGCCCAUCAAAGAAGAGCUACGAAUCAAUCAUCAAUGAUCACAAUGAUAGUAACAACAUGGAUGUCGAGAUGACACCCAUGGACAUCAGGACCAAGAAGACAGUGUCCAUUCGCAACUUGAAGAAGCAGUUCCAGACUGGUGAUGGAGUGCGCACUGCCGUCGACGGACUCUACCUCGACAUGUACCAGGACCAGAUUCACGCCUUCCUCGGACAUAAUGGAGCAGGCAAGUCUGUCACCAUUGGCAUGCUCACUGGACUCAUCCCGCUGACUGGUGGCGAUGCCUUUAUCCAGGGCCACAGUGUGAGGAAUCAGAUGCCGCACGUGCGUCAAGUGAUUGGCGUGUGUCCACAGCACGACAUCAUCUGGAAGGAGCUGACCGUGCUCGAGCAUCUCAAGAUCUACGCCGCUCUCAAGGGCGUUCCAUCACAUGACAUCCAGAAGGAAGCAGAGAGGAUGGCCAAGGAGGUCGGUCUGCCCGAGAAGAUGAACGCCCCAUCGGGCACCCUGUCCGGUGGCCAGAAACGCAAGCUGUGUCUUGGUAUCGCAUUCAUUGGCCGCAGUGAGGUGAUCUUCCUUGACGAGGUGACCAGUGGCAUGGACCCAUUGUCACGUCGCAGUGUCUGGGACUUCUUGCUCAAGUACAAGCAGGGCAGAACCAUCAUCUUGACCACUCACUUCAUGGAUGAAGCCGACUUCCUCGGCGACAGAAUCGCAAUCAUCUCGCAUGGCAAGCUUCGUUGUGAUGGCAGCAGCAUGUUCCUCAAGAAGAAGUUUGGCAUCGGCUACUUGCUCACGAUGGCCAAGAUGGCCGGCCAAUGCAACACCCAACAGGUGACCAAGUUCAUUCAUCAGUUCAUUCCCGAAGCCGUCGUGCUCUCAGACGCCGGCACUGAGCUGUCCUUCCGUCUGCCAACAUCCAGUGUCGAGCAUUUCGCACCAUUCUUCCGCGAGCUAGAUCAGCAGCUGGGCGCACUCCAUCUGAGCGCGUACGGUAUCUCCGUGACGACCAUGGAAGAGGUGUUCCUGCGCAUUGGACAAGAGUCCAGUGCCAAGCAAUUUGACAUUAACGCAAACGAGAACCACGAUGCCAGCAUUGUCAACAAGGCCAUCUCGACGUCGUCGGCAGGUCGCGGUGCCUGGCAACAAUUCCGCGGCCUGUUCAUCAAGCGACUGCACACCAGCUACAAGGACCUCAAGGGCUUCGUCUUGUCGAUCUUGCUUCCGGGCGCCAUCAUCGCCGCGUCCAUCGUCGUGUACAAGACAGUCAAGGACGACGGCUCGAUCAACCUUGUGACGGCACCACUCACCUUCAACAUGUCAAUGUUUGGCCCGCGCAACUUCAUCCCCAUCCAGACGCCCGACAACUACAUCGAAACGCUGCGCAAGUCGCCCGAAUUCUCUCGCUUCUCACUGUUCCCCACCGCCGAUAACUUCAAGGAGUACCUCAUUCGAAACAACACUGAUGUUGCCGGUGCGUUCAACUUCACCACGUCGCUCGCCGACAACUUCACGGGUCCAUUCGCGUCCAACCCCUCCGACAUCCCAGUGCUAGGCUACAACAUGUUGUUCAACACGUUCAACUUCCACACGAUACCAACAUACCUCAACACGAUGCACGAUGCCCUGCUCAGGAACUUGACGGGCGGCACAGGCAUCUUGGCGACUAGCAUGCCCUUCAGCCAUGUGCUGGACACGUUCCAGCUGGCCGUCACCAACGUGCAGACCAACGCCAUCCUCUACUUUAUCAUCCUGUACAUGUGUGGAUACAGUCUGAUGGCAGGAUCAUUCGCCAGCAACGUCUGUUAUGAGCGAUCCUACAACAUCAAACGAUUGUUGUACAUCUCGGGCUGCAAGCGCCAUGUCUACUGGCUGUCAAACUUGGUGUGGGACUACACGCUGGCAUUCGUACUGCUACUUGGCACGGCCAUCGCACUGGUGGUCGCCGUCAAAGAGUUCAACGAUCACUUUGGUCUGCUGUUCUUUGGCCUGGUGCUGUACUGCGCGUGCAUCAUCCCGCUGAGCUACCUCAUGUCAUACAUGUUCCGCACACCAGGCAAGGCCACGGGCGCCAUCUUUGGCAUCCUGUUUGCGCUCGGCCUCGUCUUCAUUCUUGUGAGCAUCAACAUGCACAUCUACGCAUUCUCUAACAAUGCCAAGAAAUACCAAGACAUUGGCGACAUCCUGGAUCACAUCUUCUUUGUCCUCUCGCCAGUCUUCUGUCUGGGCAAGCUCACCAUCUCCAUCUCCAAGUUCCCUGGCAUGACCCGCAUGGGAGAGUUCAGCUUCACUGGCGACAUCAAUCAGUGGCGUUGGUACUACUGUGGCGCCCCACUCACAUUCCUCGCGAUUCACCUUGUCGUCUGGCUCAGCUGGUUAUUCAUCCUGGACUACGUGCCAAUGAUCCGCGGUAAACUACGCAACCCCAAGAACUACGCCGUCCCCACACCAGACCCCAACGAGGACAGCGAUGUUGCCUUCGAGCGUCAGCGUGUCAGACAACUGCGCGAUGACGAUGAGGUUGUCAUCAUGAAGUCACUUCACAAGUUGUUCAAGGCCAAGGGCAAGAAUCCAAAUAAGAUCGCAGUGCACAACACCUGUCUGGGCAUCCCCCGUGGACAGACAUUCGGUCUGCUCGGAAUGAAUGGUGCUGGCAAGACCACCACUCUCUCAAUGCUCUCUGGCGACCUCACGACCACAGCUGGCUCGGCAACAAUCAAUGGCUUCGACCUCGUCUCUCAGCGAUCAAAGGCACUUCACUCAAUUGGAUCAUGUCCUCAAUUCGACGCACUGAUCCCAUUGCUGUCAGCACGCGAACAACUCCGACUCUACUCCAGAAUCAAAGGUAUCCCCGAGGCAAGCAUUGACUCCACCGUAGAGGCAUUCAUCACAAUGAUGGACCUGGGCGCCAUUGCCAACUCCAACGUUGGCGGCUAUUCUGGUGGCAACAAGCGAAAGAUAUCACUAUCGAUCGCCAUGAUUGGCAACCCAUCAGUUGUGUUCCUGGACGAGCCAUCGACUGGCUGCGACCCACAGGUGCGCCGUUUCAUGUGGAACGUCAUCUCUGAGCUCGGCGCCAACAAGGUUAUCAUCAUCACCACUCACUCAAUGGAGGAGUGCGAGGCCCUGUGCCAGCGCCUGUCCAUCAUGAAGGAUGGCAAGUUCACCUGUCUCGGCUCCAACCAACACAUCAAGUCCAAGUUUGGCAGCGGCUACUCAAUCGACAUCAAGUUCAAGAAGGAGUACCUGGACAGCGGCGUGGACAUCGUGCUCAAGGCAUUCCCCGGCUCCUUCCUACUCGAUCGCCACGACCUCAUUGCCAACUUUGAGUUGCCAAACAGUGUCCAUCACCCUGUACUCGUGUCUGAGAUCUUCUCCACGCUGCAAAACCACCUGACCUACAUCCUGGACGACUACUCGGUCAGCCAGACCUCACUGGAGCAAGUGUUCCUCAAGCUCACCUCGUCCAAACACGAGGAUCGCAUGGCACAAUACUCUGAGAGACAUCAAGACCUUGCCCUCACUCAACCAUUGUUUACCGAGUCUUAG